CAAAUAGAAGUGAACAGCAAAUUUUUAGUGUUUCUUCAGUUCGUGUUGCCCAGCAAUAUUACAUAAUUUCCUUUGUAAGACGAAGACGUCUUGCCGACGAGCUUCCUUCAGCAUCGUCUUCACCACGUACAGAAUGAAUUCACCGCGAACAACAACUUCGUCUGCUUGUGAGUGUAAUGUAAGCAGGAAAAUUCAGAGCAUACCACCGAUCGUGCUGGCGGACGUGAGCGGCGGCUUCCACCCGCAGCCGUACACGUUCCGGCUGCAGCAGCCGGGCCGCGGGCCGCGUGUGCGCGCGCCGCCCUUCCACGUGCUGCUCGACCACACCAUUGCCGUCCUCUGGAACCUCUUCCGCCAGCGCGCCAGCCUGCAAGACGUCGGACACUUGCAGUGGGCGAAAUACUUCCUACAGAGGAUCCGCAAUCACCAUGGAGAGAUGCCCCCAGACGUGCAGCUGUGUGUCCAGGCGAUAGAGGGUCGCAUGCUCAGCCAGUACGCCGACCUCAGCAAGCAGGGGACUUACAAGCCUCCAUCCUGCUGCCGCAUAGACGGAGAUAAGGAGUGCCAAGCAAAACAGUCAAUAACUUUCAGUGAGAUGAUUAAGCAGCAGCCAGAUGCUGUGCAACAGCUGUUUUGUGCAGAUCCUGCAAUAACUACUGCCUCAUGCAGCUCAAAUUUAGUGUGUGAUUGUGCUACCUCAAAGGAGGAAAUGAUAAAAUAUUUGAGACAACAGCGAGCUGAACGUUUUCACAAGCUUCAAGCUGAACUUAGACGUUUGCAUGAAAUUGAAGCAUAUAUGAUCAACAUUGGUGAUAAUGAUUUCAAGCCAUAUGUCAGUGAAGAUACAGCUCUAAAAUUAGAAGAACUGAAACAGCUGAAAGAAGCAGAAGACAGAUAAAUUUCUAGAGUACUGGUUGUCAAUAAGAUGUCACCAAAAGAUAUGUUUAUGUGGAUAGUAUUGCUGUAGUGACACAAAAAGGAGCAUCUGCCUUGUCCUGUCACUGAAAUAAAUAUUCUGGAAAAAUA